CCUAAUUCCCUUUAAACUGCUGACUUACCAUUCACGGCCGGGUUCUUGGCCAAGUUCCCAUGGCAUACCCGGCGGAAGCGGCCAACGCGCCGGAGACGUCCGCGCCAAGCACCUCGUUUCCUUCAGACAUUCGCUUCGAGCAGUACCGUGAUGAACGGGACAUGCCAGGCAUCGUGAGCUUGAUUGACAAGGAUUUGUCGGAGCCCUACUCCGUCUUCACCUAUCGGUAUUUCAUCAACAAUUGGCCCGACCUAUGCUUUAUGACCAUGCAAGGCGACCGCUGUGUAGGAGCCAUCAUUUGCAAGUUGGAUGUCCACCGCUGUCGGAAGACCCAUCGAGGCUACAUUGCCAUGCUGGCCGUGGAGAAGGAGCUGCGCGGCCAACGCAUCGGCUCGAAGCUGGUGCAGCUUUGCUUGGAUCGGAUGCGGCAGUUGAAUGCCGACGAGUGCGUGUUGGAGACAGAGGUCACCAAUUUGGGAGCUCUUGGGCUCUAUCGGAGCAUGGGAUUCGUGAAGGAGAAGAGGCUGCACAAGUACUACUUGAAUGGCAAUGACGCUUUUCGUUUGAAGUAUCUCUUCAAACUCCCGGAGGGCUUUCACGCUGGCAUGGGCUGCCUGGGACAACUGGUCGAAAGUUGGACACCUGAGACGAAGGAGUAGAGAACCGAACCGGCGAGUCGGCGCGUGAAAACACCGGUG